CACACACACACAGCUACUUUUGCCCGAGGGCUGGAGGACUUCACUACCUAAGGAACAGCACAUGUGGGUAAGUCGGGUCCUUUUCACAACAGGCAAGGAUGGAAAACCUGCGCUGACCUCCAACCUUCACCUUUGGUGGCAUCCUCUCGGCCCCUAAAAUGUGCACCUCCAGCCCCCGACACCUUUUUUCAGUGCCCAUUCUUCCUGUGGAUGUCGUACCGCAUGUGGGGCUACAAGCUCUCCUACAUGGCGUGCAGCCACAGGUUGUCGGGAGCCGGACUCUACAGGACUGUCCGGAGGGUCCUGGACACAAACGGAUGGUACUUUAUGGCCACGGAGUACCUGGAGUGCCGGUGCUGCAGGAAGAAUGUGGCGGGCUGGUCGCAGGAUGUCUUGGAUCAGCUGCACCACACCCACCGGGAUGAGUUUCCAGCUAUCCUGACUUACAGGUUAUCCUGUAACAAAAAGCUCAUUGGGAAGAUGUGUGAGUGCAUGCUGGGCAACGGGGCCAACAGACUGCGCAGAUAUCUGCUCGAGGAGCACACCAGGUCCUGGAUGUUGCGGUCCAAAAAGUACCUGUUCGCAUUUGCCAAGUUCAUCACAUCGGGUGCCGAGCCAUCUGCAACUCCGCCUCUACCACCACGGAUGACCCCAGUGCCUGGUGCAAAGUGGUUGCUGUCCGUCUACACCAGGGAGGUGGCUUCGAGGCUAGAAGAGACCAAGGCCCGGAUCACCUCCAUCUUCGGCUCGAUCUUGAAGAUGAACUCGACCAAGAAGGUGACCAAGAAUCUCGCUGGUGCCGCGGCAGGUACGGCAGCCUGGGUGACCAACGUGGGGAAUGAGCAUAGCCAGAUCUUGAUCAGCAUCCUCACUGCAGCCGAGGGUGCUGGCCUGCACCCCAUUGCCACCGGGCUGAUGCAGCGAUACCGUGAUGCCAGUGUGUCCCCGCCUCUGGUCCUGUAUGUGGACCGAGACUGCUGUUCCCAUGGGGGGCCAUCCAAGGUCUCCCUGUUAUUCCACCAGUGGGAUCAGCUAUUGGUGCGGCUCGACGUGUGGCACCUGAUGCGACGCAGCGGGUGUCACCACGGAGAGCCAUCCACAAUACAGCUUCUUCAUGGUGCGUCUCUCGUUCUGCAUUUUUGA